UUCAUUGAAGCCUUAUCUGCAAUGGCCAUCUCCAGUUCUGCUGCAAGUUCGGCAGACUGGUCUUUGGCUUGGGUGAUAUCAUGCAGAGAAACCCACAAAUUCAACUUCUUCACAUCCUGCAAAACCAGUUCCUCGUUUUCCAUCCCCUGCUAUAAUCUCCGAGUUUUCAAUGUAAAUUCUUCAGGUUGUCACUCUCCGAUCUUAGAAGACGAAGCAUCCACCACUUUGCCAGUCAUUGAAUUGGACCUGAAGUUUCCAGAUCCCCGAGAAGAAUUUUCAACCCCGGAUGCUGAUAAUUUGAACGAUUUUCUAUGUGGGUUGUUUCAAGAUCGUCAGACUGAAGAAUUUGCGUAUGAACAGUAUGAGAAAGCGAAAAAGAAGAGGCCAGAAUUCAUACCAAACAAAUCAACAUUUGAGCAUCUAAUAAGGUAUUUGAUACGUUCCAAGAAAUGGGGUUCAAUGCUUUCAGUUUGUGAUGAUUUUAAGAAUUACCAUGUACUGCCUGAUAGUCAUACUUGCUCUAGGCUGAUCGCUAGCUGCAUUAGAGCUAGAAAAUUCAAAAUGGUUAGGACUUUGCUUGAAGUAUUUAAGGCUGAUGAUGAUGUCGCUGUCCCGGCCUUUGAUUCGGCAAUGAGAGGCUAUAAUGAGCUUCAUAUGUUCAAAGGUACAAUUUCUCUGUUUGAGCGAAUGAAAUAUAAUGGAAUUGUUCCAAAUUCUGGAUGUUAUUGCCGGAUCAUGGAAGCUUAUUUCAAGAAAGGCGACAGUAGAAAAGUUGUUGAAUUGUUUCAUGAACUUGGAAGUAGGCAAUUGGAUUUUAACCCAUUUUCAACUCAAAUAUACGGAAUUCUAUGUGAGUCACUGACCAAAUUGGGACAGCCUUUUGAAGCUCUGGAAGUUUUUCGAAGUAGGACAAAGGAAGGAAUUUCUUUAGACUCUUCAAAGAUCUACUCUGUGUUGAUUAGCUCAUUCGCGAGCAUCCGAGAAGUGGAGGUGGCUGAAGAGCUUUUUGAGGAAGCGGAGACCAAGAAAAUGUUGAGGGAUCCGUCUGUAUUUUUAAGACUUAUAUCAAUGUAUGUGGAAACAGGGUUGACACAGAAGACUCUUGGAGUAGUCAAGGCGAUGAAGGGUGCAAAUAUCAGAGUUUCGGACAAUAUAUGCUGCGCAGUUGUUAGUGGCUUCUCCAGGAAAAACAGGUUGCUGACUGCGGUAAAAGUUUUCAAAGAUUUGGUGCUAAUGGGAUGUGAGCCAGGACAAGUGACAUACGCGUCGAUUAUCAAUGUAUAUUGUCGCCUGGGGCUUCACUCCAAGGCUGAAAUGAUUUUUAGAGAGAUGGAGGAAAAGGGGUUUGAUAAAUGUGUAGUGGCUUAUUCUAGCAUGGUUGUAAUGUAUGGGAAAACAGGAAGGCCAAGAGAUGCAAUGAGACUUGUGGCGAAGAUGAAAGAAAGAGGGUGCAAGCCAAAUGUAUGGAUUUACAAUUCUUUGAUGGAUAUGCAUGGAAGGGAUAAUAAUUUGAGGCAAGUUUCAAAGCUGUGGACAGAAAUGAAGCGAAGGAAGGUUGCACCAGAUAAAGUAAGCUACACAACUGUUAUAGGUGCUUACAACAAGGCAGGGGAUUUUGAAAUGUGCAUGAGAUAUUACCAUGAGUUUAGGAUCCAUGGGGGUGUUUUAGACAAGGCCAUGGCUGGAAUGAUGGUUGGGGUUUUCUCGAAAACGGGUCAGGUUGAUGAGUUGGUGAAGCUUCUGCGAGAUAUGAAAUCAGAAGGAACAGGGUUAGAUGGGAGGCUUUAUCGGUCAGCCUUGAAUGCCUUGACAGAUUCUGGGCUGCAAACGCAGGUCAAAUGGUUGCAAGGUAGCUUUAAGGUGACCUAGUCUUGAUAAGGGUUUGUAUAACUGUACAGAUCGAAUUCCAGUUUUGGGCGCAAAUGCUCUGUUUCAAGUACUCUGUUAUGCUACAACUUCAUUAGGAUUUCUUUAUUUUUCUUUCAAUUGAAACCUGAAAAUUAAUUUGCAUAUAUAUACUGAAAUUUGUUACACUGGGAACCAUCAUUUUAUGUACUUAAUAUUUCAUGUGGAAU